CUUGGAGUCCGCUGUCGCCCUGUGCGAACCUUUCCCUUUAUGGCGUGUAGUGUACACUAGCUAACUACACUCGUUUUACAGGAUGUUCCGCGACAGACAGACAGAGUCGACAAGCUGUUGGGUUUCUGUAGCGAUGUAAAACCGAUCAUACGAGCAGUUGUUUUGAAGGGGAAAAGUGAGAGUUACUCCGUCAAUGUGUGCGCUGUUGUUUCCGCAGUCGUCAAACAGACCACAGCUGAAUAACGCCUUUAACUCUUAGAACUCUCUUUUACUUUAUUAUUGCAUGCUUACACAUAACUCCAGGUUGUGUUUUUGCCCCCAGUUUUGUUGUGCAGUUGAAUCUAUAAUGUGUAUAAUAUAAAAUCUGUGAUAUACUGUAGGGCUGCAGAACAGGGUUUGUUGUUUGUUGGUGGUGCCCCAGGAGUCUGUCAGCUCAUAUUACCACUGCAUGCUGCUUUAGAAAGUGGCCUGUCACACUUCAGUUCAUGUCUCCUGAUUGGAAUCUAAACAAGUCUUUACGCUUGCCUACUGUCUUGUUUUAAGUUGAUAACCCUUGUGUUUUAUUAACACCGGUGCUCGUGUAUGUCUUUUGUACGUCUCCUUAAUGUCCUGGAUUUCUGAGUUUCUUCAUCAUAAGCUGAAAUCUUCGCAGAAGGACAAAGUACGACAGUUCAUGUCCUUCACGCAAGCAGGGGAAAAGACAGCUGUGUACUGUCUCACUCAGAAUGACUGGAAACUCGAGGUGGCAACUGACAACUACUUCCAAAACCCUGAUCUGUACUUUAAGGAAUCCAUGAAAACCUCAGUAGACCGAAAGAAGUUGGAGCAGCUUUACAACAGAUACAAAGAUCCUCAGGAUGAGAAUAAGAUUGGGAUUGAUGGAAUCCAACAGUUUUGCGAUGACCUCAACCUGGAUCCUGCCAGCAUAAGUGUUCUGGUAGUAGCAUGGAAGUUCCGAGCUGCAACACAAUGCGAGUUCAGCAAAAAGGAGUUCCUUGAUGGCAUGACUGAUCUAGGAUGUGAUAGUCCAGAGAAACUCCGAUCUCUGCUUCCUCGAUUGGAACAAGAACUAAAAGACAGUGGAAAGUUUAAGGACUUCUACCAGUUUACAUUUAAUUUUGCAAAGAAUCCUGGGCAGAAAGGAUUAGAUUUGGAGAUGGCAGUCGCUUACUGGAAUUUAGUUCUGACAGGCCGUUUCAAGUUUCUUGACCUUUGGAAUAAAUUUUUAUUGGAACACCAUAAGCGAUCUAUUCCUAGGGAUACCUGGAACUUGCUCCUGGAUUUUGGCAACAUGAUUGCAGAUGACAUGUCAAACUAUGAUGAGGAAGGAGCAUGGCCAGUCCUAAUAGACGACUUUGUGGAAUUUGCUCGGCCGAUUGUGACUGGAUCAAAGCGCAAAAGUGUAUAGAUCUCUUGGUGGUGGCAGUUUGACACCAUGGGGCUGUGUUGCCUCACUGACUUCAGCUUACUUUUUAAAAGACUUGUAUGAAACACAUACAAAAAGGAAAACAUGGAGAAACACUUGAAACCGAUGGGCUUGAUGAAGAGAAAAUGGGGUACAAGGGACUCAAACCUUCAAGCAAUACAAAGAAGAAAGAAAAAAACAAGCAGGUGAAGGUGGGAUACUCAAGAUUUUUUUUUAGAGCUGUCACAUGCAAAAUGUCAGCUGCUGCCACUGGCAAACUAAUCCUAUCCUGUCCAGAGACCCUGAGGGAUUCUGGAGGAUCUCUGCAAAUCCAGUACCUCGUCCUCAUUGCAGACAAUUACACAUUUGCAUUGUACCUCCCCAUUCACAUACACAAAUCAUAGAAAACUAGAAGAGUAUGCGCCAAAUUGUGGUUCAAGAGCCCCUUUUCCAGCAUGCGCUCCUCCUGCAGGACUUGACAAGAUGAAUAGAUCAGAUGCACUUUUUAAACCAGAGCCCCUUGAAUAGAGCAACAUGCAGCUCAUGCCACCAGCACACUUGUUGCCGUUGUAAAAUACUAUAGCGGUAUGUACAGCAAAAAAAUAUUAUAAAUAAACAAUAUUUUAUAAAGUAUAAAAGAAACAUUAGUAAUUGUGUGGAGGAUAAAUUAUGUAAAUGAACUAAUUAACUCUUCAAUGUAUCAAUAUCACAUCUGAUUUCAUUUUCAGUUGCAUAUUACACUAAUGUCUGCUGUCUUGCAGAAUCUGUUGUGACAAGAAUGCCAUUCAGUGUUUCUCAGUUUUGUUUACCAGAUACUAGGAUUAUGUUAUAAAAUAAAUUAUUGCCUCUAUGUA